AAGCCAAGGGCCUAAGCAUCUGCCAGCCUCUCCCUGUUCCCCAGAGCACUUGGUGUCAAGGCAUGCCCUCUGCGGUGACAGAUUACUGGUAGGGAAAUGCCCAAUCAGUGGAAAUUCUCUGCAGCAUGCUGAGGAGACGUAACCUUCUCACCACACUUCUGAUUGCUUUGCCAUGGGGUCUUCUCCUAACUUUGUGGCAUCAAUAUCCAACCACCCGCUAUCUCAGCCUUCUAAGAAAGGAAACAGAUGAAAAUGGUACAACCAAAUCGCUCUUCAAUGGCACAUCUCUAGUGAGGGAGGAUGGGUUUGCAUCAUGCACUCGGCAGCCAGCCACUGGGACAGCUCCCAAAAUAAUCCGGAGCUAUGUGUACUCCAGGCCUCCCCCGUGGUCAGACACAUUGCCUGCCAUAUUUGUGAUCACACCUACCUACACUCGACCAGUACAGAAGGCUGAGCUGACACGACUGGCCAAUACUUUCCUUCAUGUACAGAAUCUCCACUGGGUAGUGGUGGAGGACUCUCCUAGAAGAACCAAUCUAGUGUCCAAUCUGCUGGAGAAAUCAGGGAUUCAUUUUACUCACCUGAAUAUUGAGACUCCUAAGAGUCUGAAAGUAGGUUUGUCCUGGAUUCCAUCUCACACUCCCAGGGGCACGUUCCAGAGGAACCUUGGACUGCAUUGGCUUAGGGAAAGUUUUAGCACCACGCCACCACCUGAAGGUGUAGUAUACUUUGCAGAUGAUGAUAACACCUAUAGCCUGGAGCUAUUUGAAGAGAUGCGCUAUACAAAGAAGGUAUCUGUCUGGCCAGUUGCUUUUGUUGGUGGUCUUAGGUACGAAUCCCCCAAAGUGAGCCCAGCAGGCAAAGUUGUAGGUUGGAAGACUGUGUUUGAUCCUAACCGACCUUUCGCCAUUGACAUGGCUGGCUUUGCCAUCAGCAUCAAACUGAUUUUGGAGAAACCUCAGGCCAGUUUCAAGUUGGAUGGAGUGAAAGGAGGCUACCAAGAAACUAGUUUGUUGAAGGAUCUGGUGACAAUGGAUGGACUAGAGCCUAAAGCUGCCAACUGCACAAAGGUUUUGGUCUGGCACACAAGGACUGAAAGGCCAACACUGGUUAACGAGGGCAAACGUGGAUUCACAGACCUAAGGGUAGAGGUGUAG